ACUUGUUUCCUGUCCAUCAUAACAACCAUUGUACCCACAUUAUUCACCUAACCAUGGCAACAAUAGCACAACAUCCUCCUGCUAUGAAAGUUGGAGGCCGACGUCUGUCGGUGAAUUCACGACCUAAGCAACACCCCGCAACCGAACAGAUCUCACCUACUCUUCCCACUCACGAGCAGGAGCGCACAGACUAUCCUCGUCCUGCUGGUCCUGGGGAGCAACAACCUCAUGAGCAGCACCACUAUGAUGAUCAUGAGGAAGUCCCUAGGAAAGAGCGGAAACAAGGCCAUGGCGCCUUGGAAUACGAAAGGAGGAUGCAGGAGAGUUUAUACAGGAGGGCGCCGAAAAAGGACACUGCAAUAGGGAAGGAUGCUCGUGGAGGUAGGAUCGACCAGCCCGCCGGCAAGGGAUUUGUUGUUUGAGGACAUUUUGCCGCGCGAGUCGUAAUGCUGACCAUACCAUUGAUGACUGAAGGAGAACCACAUUGUAUAAUAUAUCCUGCUUGUAUCAUUAGGAACCAAUGUAACAUCAUCUUUUUGUCGACCAGU